AUGUCUGUGUCCACAACAGUUCCCAGUCAAUCGUCGCCUCUGACGUCACGGCUUUACGGCCCAACCCCGACGAGCUCGGGGGACCACCAGUGGAGCCAGCAUGUCAAUGAUGACCCGGCUUUUUCUACUACGACUACGUCAUGGGGUGAAGUGCCGCCGUACAAGAUUGUCCCAAUCUCGAGCUUCACCGAUCCAAACGGUGGCUAUAUCAAUUCAAAGAUGAACAUCAUAAGCGGCAUAUCAAACUUCAACGGGCAGCAGUACAAUCCACCCACGUAUUUGUUGCCGGCGUGCGAAAGGGAGGCGGCUAGCGUGCCCAACGGCUUUUACGGCAACGGGGCAAGGCCUCAGAUGCAGGGCUACAUCGUCCCAAAUGCUGUAGGCCCGCUGCAGAGGAACGUCACCAGUAAUCCACACAGCCACAGCGCUUGGACGCAAGGGAACAGCGAGAGGCACGCCCGGCCCAACUGGAACCCGACCAAGGCCAGCGGCGGCGUGAAGAAGCACAAGAGAGUCAGGACGGCGUUCACCAGCCAGCAGAUGAUGGAGUUGGAGCAGGAGUACGCACGUACCAGAUACUUGGACCGCAGCCGGCGCAUAGAGCUAGCGGACAUCUUGCAUCUGAACGAGCGGACGAUCAAGAUCUGGUUCCAGAACAGGAGGAUGAAGGAGAAGAAGGACAGGGCUGAGGGGUACGACGAAUGCGAGGAGCCAAGCACCACGGACUCCUCGCCCGAGAUGAUUUGCAAAGCCCCGCUACCAGCCCCAAACCAGUUUCAAGCUCAGAUGCCGAAUGGAGCGUACCAGAAUUACUAUGUGGCGCAAUACCCGAUGGCGUCUACCCCUAUGAUCCCCCAUAUGCACUCGGAUGCCAGGAAUGAGUUGACCUACCCCACGUUUGUUCUGGACGAUAACAUGCAGUUGCAGGAUGGCUUCGAGCCAGUGCCACAAACGGAGCUCAAAUUCGAAAACCUCGAGCCACCAUGCAAACCUGAUAUACCGGAUUCGUUACAAGAAUCACCGUUGCAUUCCGACAUCUCCGCAAUCGAUUCCGUCAAGAGCGAGAUUAACGAUCAGAGCUGGGACCUAUCGUGGAUCCGGAGCAUGCAAUUCGAAGAGGACUCC